AUGACCAAUUCACUUGAUAUUCUCACUAUCAACACCAUUCGUACUCUUGCUGCUGAUGUCGUCCGUAAAGCCAACUCAGGACAUCCAGGGGCUCCCAUGGGAUGUGCUCCAUUGGCACACAUUCUUUUCUCAAGGUUCAUUACUGCAAACCCAGCAAAUCCAAAAUGGCCUAAUCGAGAUCGUUUCGUAUUGUCCAAUGGACACGCAUGUGCAUUGCAAUACAUUUUACUUCACAUACUCGGAUACGAUCUCACCAUGGAUGACUUGAAACAAUUUCGUCAAACUGAUAGCAAAACUCCAGGGCAUCCGGAAUCUCAUCUCACACCGGGUAUAGAAGUAUCCACAGGUCCCCUUGGCCAAGGUUUUUCCAAUGCAGUUGGAAUGGCUAUUGCUCAAGCUCAUUUUGCAGCUACCUUUAAUAAACCAUGCUACGACUUGUUCACAAAUUACACUUACGUGAUCAAUGGUGACGGUUGCCUUCAAGAGGGCGUUGCCUCCGAGGCGGCAUCGCUUGCCGGCCAUCUUAAGCUCGGCAACUUAAUUGUAAUUUAUGACGACAAUUACGUAACCAUUGAUGGUAACACUAACCUGAGCUUUACGGAAGAUGUCUUAAAACGAUUUGAGUCUUAUGGUUGGCACACACAGUAUAUAGCUGAUGGUGAUAAUGAUUUAGAAGAGAUUGCCGCUGCUAUUGAACGAGCCAAGAAGGUAACAGACAAACCAUCCAUCAUAAAAAUCAAGACAAUUAUUGGUAUUGGAUCCAAACACCAAGGUAGCGAAAAGGUUCAUGGUAGUCCCUUGGCUCCGGAUGAUAUUGUUGAAGUCAAGAAAAAAUAUGGUUUCGAUCCUGAACAAUUCUUCCACGUACCGAAUGAGGUUUACGAAUACUGUAAACAUUUUCGUGAAAGAGGAGCUAAAGCAGAAGCAGAAUGGAAUCAACUUUUGGAAAAGUAUUGUACAGAAUAUCCUGAAUUGGGUAGUGAAAUAAAACGUAGGUUCUCGAAUAAAUUACCAGACAAUUGGAUUGAUCAUUUACCUCGCUACACCCCUUCCGAUCCUCCCGUUGCCACUAGAAAAUCAUCAGAGACAGUCUUGAAUAAAAUUGCUGAUGUGCUUCCAGAGCUCAUUGGUGGCUCUGCAGAUCUAACACCUUCUAAUUUAACACGAUGGAAGACUGCUACUGAAUUUCAACCAGAGUCUGGGGGAUUGGGUAAUUAUAGUGGACGAUAUUUAAGAUUUGGGGUUCGUGAACAUGGCAUGGCUGCUGCUCUGAAUGGCCUUGCUUCCUAUGGAGGUAUAAUUCCAUUUGGUGCAUCAUUCUUGAACUUUAUUAGCUAUGGUUUGGGAGCUGUUCGUCUAUCAGCGCUUUCGUGUUUUCGCGCAAUUUAUAUAAUGACUCAUGAUUCCAUCGGUUUAGGGGAAGAUGGGCCAACUCAUCAACCUAUUGAAACCGCAGCUAGUCUCCGUGCAUUGCCAAACCUUCUAUUUCUUAGACCUGCUGAUGGAAACGAGGUUUCCGGUGCAUAUCUUGCUGCGAUCCAAAACAUUGAACGCCCUUCAGUGAUUGCUCUUUCACGUCAAAAUGUCCCUAAUUUAGAAGGUUCUUCAGUUGAAAAGACACUCAAAGGAGGAUAUGUAUUGAAAGAAGCUGAUGGAGCGCAAAUUAUCUUAGUGGGAACUGGUACAGAAGUUUCAAUCGCUGUUGAUGCAGCCAAUUUAUUAGAAAAAGACUGUAUUAAGGCGCGUGUUGUGUCUUUACCAUCCUUUGAACUUUUUGAAGAACAAAGUUUGGAGUAUCGAUUGUCU